UGACCAUCGGCAAAUGAAAGCUACAGGGUGCCAAAUGCCUGUCAUUGGGUCCACCCACCUUUCCCUUUCCACCAAUCCCAUGCCUUAAGCAGUUUUCUCUUUGCCCCUGGUUUGGCAUUUUCCGUUUUUCAUCUCAAUGUCCAAUUGACUCUCCUUCCCUUAUCCUUCUUCUCUUCAAUCUCUAAUUCAAAUAAAUUUCCUUUUUGACAAGAAAUUUUCCUUGUUUUCACUAUUCUACUGAUCUGUUGAUUCAUGGGUUCUUCUUUGUGAUCUACAAUUUAGUGUUGAUUGAGUGAUUUGAUGGUAUUGAAAUAUUUAAAUUUUCUGGGUUCAAUCAAAUCUUUAACAAAUUUGAUUUUUUGGGUGAAAUAUUUUUGGGUUCAACAGUAAUCCUGGUAUGUAUUGGCACUGUUGUUAGAUAAUCUUUUCUGGGUUCACUCCAAAUUGAACAUUUUUUUUUGUUAAAGUUGAGAUUUAUUUGUGGGAUUGUUUGAAUAUGGUGUCUGUAAAUCUGGGUAUGUUACACUAUGUAUUGGAUCAUAUAUAUGGUGCAUUUGUUCAUAGAACAAGAAUAAGCCCACCAUUUUUUUCUAAAGGUUGGGGUGGAAAUAAGCUUGAUCUUCUUGAAAGACUUAUAAAACAACUUUUCCCUGAAAUUGAAGGUCAAAAUUGGCCUCCUCAAUUGAUUAGACCAGUUUGGAAGACUGUUUGGGAGACUAAAAAUGCAUGUUUGAGAGAAGGGGUGUUUAGAACAACUUGUGAUGUACAGCUUUUAAGCGCAUUGCCCCCAGAAAGUCAUAUUGCAAGGGUUGCUUUUCUAACUCCCAAGUUAUUUUCCCCAGAAAAAAUGGCUUGUGUAGUUCAUCUUGCAGGCACUGGGGACCAUACUUUUGAACGAAGGUUACGUUUAGGCGGACCACUGCUAAAGGAAAAUAUAGCAACCAUGGUUCUUGAGAGCCCUUUCUAUGGACAGAGGCGUCCUUUGCUUCAACGUGGUUCAAAGCUUCACUGUGUGAGUGAUUUGUUACUGUUAGGAAGGGCAACAAUUGACGAAACUCGAUCUCUUUUAUACUGGUUAGACGAGGAAGGGUUUGGCAAACUUGGUGUUUGUGGACUUAGCAUGGGUGGAGUGCACGCUGCAAUGGUGGGAUCUCUGCACCCUACACCAAUAGCGACCCUCCCCUUCCUCUCUCCUCAUUCUGCUGUCGUAGCCUUUUGUGAAGGUGUUCUAAAGCACGCAACUGCAUGGGAGGCAUUGCGAGCUGAACUUGCUACACAAAAGGAUACCUUGACUUUAGAAGACGUUAAACAAAGAAUGCGAGAGGUGCUGUCUCUCACAGAUGUCACACGUUUUCCUAUUCCAAAAAAACCGGAUGCUGUUAUAUUUGUCGCUGCUACAGAUGACGGGUAUAUACCAAAUCACUCAGUCCUGGAACUUCAGAAAGCUUGGCCAGGAUCCGAAGUUAGAUGGGUUACUGGUGGACAUGUAUCAUCUUUUAUUCUCCACAAUGGUGAGUUUCGCAAGGCUAUUGUUGACGGACUCGACAGAUUGAAUUGGAAAGAAGCUCCGUUGUGACCGGUGAAUCUAGUGAUUCCUGCACAUUUUUACCAUUUGUGAAUCCUAUUUGCUCACUUGUGACUUGUGAAUCAUGAUCGGACAGAAAAAUGGAAACGAAUAGGACCGAUCGAUUUAACAGAUUUGGCUCCUUCAAACUCGAAAGUGUCAAGAUUGGUACAGGGAAUGAAGGAAUCAUGAAUUGCCAAUUUACCUAAUGUAGUGUAAAUUGAUUCUUUAAUCCCAUGAUUAAUCUGGAAAACAACACUCUAUUUUGAACAAGUUGUGGAUGUUUUAAAGAGUGUGCACAAUGGUGAUUAUUUUGACCAUUAAUUUCUCUAUUGUCAUUGUUUGUCGCUUACUUGUCCAUUCCAAGCCAAGAAAAUGAGGAGAGUGAGCGAUAGAGUGGUGACAACCAGCUCGGCUGAAAUUUAGUCGCAUUGAUCUACUAUUGUGCAAUUAUUUUGUUAAAACAAAUGAAAUCAUUAUUGUUUCACUCAUGAAUAUAAGAGAGGUCAUUAUUAUUUUA